CACACACACACACACAUGCGCGCGCGCGUACUCCACUCUACUGUACACUGAUGGAGCCGCUCAUCUGUAGCAGUCCCGGCUCCACAGCUCCGUGACAGAGACACGCUGCGGCUCCGCGCCGACGCUGCCAAACCAUUAACCGUCGGACGAUGGCAAGCCCCGGCCACAGCUGAUCCAUAAACCUGUGCGCACUGCAGAUCGCGUCCCGUGGACUUUCGAAACUGAAGGAAUGCGUCGCUGCACUGACACGGCGUAGUAAAGUAACAGCGGGAGGUCAACUGGAGACGCUGGAGGCUUUCGCUGCCAAGUUUACGCACUGAAUUCGCCGUCACUCGCGGUGCGAGAAGGUUUUUCUACGUGAAUGAAUCAAUGACGCCGCUGCCGAGACCCGUCACGAGAUAUUCAGCUGCGCGUGUGAAAUGAUCGAAUUCUCCUCGUAGAAAGGAGACUUUGUCCAGACAGACCGUUUUCGGAGACAUUUUUUUUUUUUUGACGUGAGUCCAGCGCAUCAAUUAAAAAGCCAAGACAUCACCAGAGGGGGACUGGAUAAUCGCGAGAUCCGCUUCAAAUGCGGAGAAACAUGUGAAGACCCUUGCGAAGCUCUGACCUGAAAGUUAGCCUUCAACAAUAAAAAGGCAAAGGUCUCUGCCCCUCAUCCAUUCUCUCUGAAUCCUCUGCACUUCCCCUCGCAGUCCCAUUAAACCAUGGAGGGCCGACGGGCUACAAGCAGGACUUUGUCACCUGACCCCAGUGUAGGAGCUUUUGCUACUUUGCUAGUCUCCUGUCUCUUAGCGCUCCCUGUCUUGUGCAGCGGGCAGACACUCAGUAGUUUCCACCCUGAACGUCGGGACUGGGUCUUCAAUCACCUGACAGUCCACCAAACCACAGGGGCACUGUAUAUUGGGGCGGUCAACCGUGUGUACAAGCUCUCGGGCAAUCUCACCCUGCUUGUUUCCCAUGAUACAGGCCCAGAGGAUGACAACAAGGCCUGCUACCCGCCUCUGAUUGUCCAGCCAUGUUCUGAGCCCCUUGUCUCUACCAACAAUGUCAACAAGCUUCUCCUCAUUGAUUAUUCCCAAAAUCGUUUGCUGGCUUGUGGCAGCCUCUACCAGGGUGUUUGCAAACUUCUCAGACUGGAUGACCUUUUUAUCUUAGUGGAGCCAUCUCAUAAGAAAGAGCACUACCUCUCUAGUGUCAACCAGACUGGGACCAUGUAUGGGGUCAUUGUGCCUUCACAGGGCCAGGAUGGGACCCUGUUUAUUGGCACGGCAGUAGAUGGAAAACAGGACUACUUCCCCACCAUCUCGAGUCGAAAACUGCCCCGUGACCCAGAGUCUUCCGCUAUGCUAGACUACGAAUUGCACACUGACUUCGUUUCCUCCCUCAUCAAGAUACCGUCAGACACACUGGCACUGGUCUCCCACUUUGAUAUUUACUACGUUUACGGUUUUGCCAGCGGCAGCUUUGUGUACUUCCUGACUGUGCAGCCCGAGACCCCAGAGAACAGCAUGUCAUCGAGUGGAUCCACCAGCGACCUUUUUUACACCUCUCGCAUUGUCCGCCUCUGCAAAGAUGACCGCAAGUUUCACUCCUAUGUCUCUCUCCCCAUCGGCUGUGUGAAGAACGGCAUUGAGUACCGACUACUGCAGGCCGCCUACCUCGGCAAGCCAGGACGCGUACUCGCAGCCUCGCUCAACAUUGGCGCUCAAGAUGACGUGCUCUUCACCAUCUUCUCCAAGGGGCAGAAGCAGUUCCAUCGCCCUCCAGAUGACUCAGCACUCUGUGUUUUCACCAUCCGAGACAUCAAUGCACGAAUCAAGGAGCGCCUGCAGUCUUGCUACCAGGGAGAAGGAAAUCUUGAGCUAAACUGGCUGCUUGGGAAAGAUGUGCAGUGCACCAAAGCGCCGGUGCCCAUUGAUGACUCUUUCUGUGGUCUGGACAUCAACCAGCCACUUGGAGGCUCUCAGCUGGUGACCGGUCACACUCUCUACACCGAGACCCGGGACCGCAUGACUUCUGUCACCUCCUAUGUCUACAAUGGCUACUGUGUAGCCUUUGUGGGCACCAAGAGUGGUAGGCUGAAAAAGAUCCGCGCCGACGGGCCUCCUAACGGCGGCGUCCAGUAUGAGACAAUUACAGUCGUCAAAGACGGCAGCCCCAUCCUGAGAGACAUGGCCUUCUCCCUUGACCGCAACUACCUCUACGUCAUGUCCGAGAGACAGGUGACCCAAGUUCCCAUCGAGUCAUGUGAGCAGUACGGGACAUGUGGAGAAUGCCUGAGCUCCGGGGAUCCACACUGUGGCUGGUGUGUCCUGCAUAACAUCUGCUCUCAGAGGAACCGGUGUGAGCGUGCAGAUGAGCCGUAUCGCUUCGCCGCGUCUCUCAACCAGUGUGUGAAGGCCACGGUGUACCCAGACAGCAUUGCGGUGUCAGAACCCAGCGUACCUCUGCUGGUGAAGGUGAGCGAUGUUCCGGACCUUUCUGCGGGCAUCACCUGCUCCUUUGGCAACCUGACGGAGGUAGAUGGGCAGGUCAAUGGCAACCAGAUUCUCUGUGUGUCUCCUGCUGCCAAGGACGUCCCCCUCAUCCCCACCGACCAAGAUUGGUCAGGUGUUGAAUUAAGACUCAAUUCUAAGGAGACUGGUCAGAUGCUUAUCAGCACAGAGGUCAAGUUUUACAACUGCAGCGUCCACCAACUGUGUCUGUCAUGUGUGAACAGCGCCUUCCGAUGCCACUGGUGCAAGUACCGCAACUUGUGCACCCACGACCCUUCCAGCUGUUCCUUCCAGGAGGGACGGGUCAACGCUUCAGAGGAUUGUCCCCAGCUGGUGCGAUCUGAGGAGAUUCUGAUCCCAGCAGGAGAGGUGAAGCCUAUCACCCUGAAGGCCAAGAACCUGCCACAGCCUCAGUCUGGCCAGAGAGGCUACGAGUGUGUCCUCCACAUCCAGGGGGUCAGUCACAGAGUUACUGCCCUGCGCUUCAACAGCUCGAGUGUGCAGUGUCAAAACAGCUCGUAUCUGUACGAGGGAAUGAAGAUCAGUGAGCUGCCAGUGGAUUUCUCAGUGGUCUGGAAUGGCAACUUCAUUAUUGAUAACCCAGAGAAUAUUCAAGUGCACCUUUAUAAGUGUGCGGCGCAGCGAGACAGCUGUGGCAUGUGUCUGAAGGCACAGAGGAAGUUCCAGUGUGGCUGGUGCAGUGGAGAGGGAAGGUGUACGUUACGGCACCACUGCCCUCUCAUCAACCCUUACACCACCCGCUGGCUGAACCUGUCCAGCAAGAAUGUCAAGUGCACCAACCCACGCAUAACAGAGGUGACCCCAGUGGCUGGACCCCCAGAAGGAGGCACACGGGUGACCAUCCAUGGCACAAACCUCGGGCUGGCCUUUUCGGACAUGGUGGGCAAUGUGGAGGUGGCGGGAGUGAGGUGUACGCCUGUAGAGGAGGGCUACAUCAUAGCCGAACAGAUUGUGUGUGAGAUGGAUGCAGCCCCCACUGACAGCAGACCCGGUCCAGUCCAGCUGUGCGUAGCAGAGUGCAGACCAGAACUCAGAGCUCGCUCCUCACAACUCUACUCCUUUGUGACUCCCACAGUCACAGGUCUGUCUCCAAGCAGAGGUCCAGAGUCCGGAGGCACCAAAGUGACCAUCAUGGGAGACAAUCUGGGCGCCGGCAGCAGUGUUAGUGUUCAGUUUGGGAACCAGACCUGCGAGUUCUUUGGACGGACCAUGGCGGAGAUCGUGUGCUACUCCGCUCCUUCCCUGUCCGGCGUUGGCCCCGUGCAGAUCAGCGUGAGCGUGGAUCGCGCCCAAAUCAGGGAGAGCCUCACCUUUGAGUACAUCGAGGACCCCACUGUCCAGCGUAUUGAGCCAGACUGGAGCAUUGCAAGUGGCCACACCCCUCUGAUGGUCACAGGAACCAAUCUGGAUGUGGUCCAGGAGCCCAGGAUCCGAGUCAAAUAUGCCGGCCGAGAGUCCGUCAACGUGUGUAAAGUGUUAAACACCACGAGCAUGAGCUGCUUCGCCCCCUCCCUGAUGGCAGAGUAUAACCCAGGCUUGGACACAGUGAAACACGCAGACGAGUUCGGGUUCAUCUUCAACAACGUCCAGGCACUGCUGGUCUACAACAACACCAACCUCCUCUACUACCCCAACCCUUACUUUGAGCCUCUCAGCAACUCUGGAGUCCUGGAGCAAAAACCAGGUUCACCCAUCAUUCUCAAGGGCAGAAACCUGGUUCCCCCAGCAUCAGGAGGGGUAAAGCUUAACUACACGGUACUGAUUGGAGAGACCCCCUGUUCCGUCACUGUGUCUGAGAGCCAGCUGCUGUGUGAGCCACCCAACCUCACCGGACAAUACAAAGUCAUGGUUCAAGUGGGUGGCCUCCAUGUGUCUCCCGGCACGGUCAACAUUAUGUCCGACAGCCUUCUGACCCUUCCCGCCAUCGUCAGCAUCGCCGCAGGUGGCGGCCUCCUCCUCAUCAUUGUCAUCCUGGUUCUCAUCGCCUACAAGCGGAAGUCACGUGAGAACGAUCUCACCCUCAAACGCCUGCAGAUGCAGAUGGACAACCUGGAGUCGCGCGUCGCCCUCGAGUGCAAAGAAGCCUUUGCUGAGCUACAGACAGACAUCAACGAGCUGACCAGUGACCUGGACAGAGCUGGUAUCCCCUAUCUGGACUACCGGACUUAUGCAAUGAGAGUCCUCUUCCCCGGCAUAGAGGAUCAUCCUGUCCUCAGAGAACUGGAGGUGUCAGGUAAUGGCCAGCAGAACGUGGAGAAGGCCUUGAAGCUGUUUGGCCAGCUCAUCAACAACAAAGUCUUCCUGCUCACCUUCAUCCGCACACUGGAAAUGCAGCGCUCUUUCUCCAUGAGGGACCGCGGCAACGUGGCCUCACUUAUCAUGACGGCGCUGCAGGGACGACUGGAGUACGCCACCGAUGUCCUCAAGCACCUGCUGUCAGACCUCAUUGACCGCAACCUGGAGAGCAAAAACCACCCCAAGUUACUGCUGCGCAGGACAGAGUCAGUCGCAGAGAAGAUGCUCACAAACUGGUUUGCCUUCCUCCUUCACAAAUUCCUCAAGGAGUGUGCUGGUGAGCCUCUGUUCAUGCUGUACUGCGCCAUCAAGCAGCAGAUGGAGAAGGGGCCCAUCGAUGCCAUCACGGGAGAGGCCCGCUACUCCCUCAGUGAAGACAAACUCAUUCGCCAGCAGAUCGAGUACAAAACCCUGAUCCUGAACUGUGUGAACCCGGACAACGAAAACAGUCCAGAGAUUCCCGUGAAGGUUCUGAACUGUGACACUAUCACCCAAGUGAAGGAGAAGAUACUGGAUGCCGUGUACAAGAACAUGCCCUACUCUCAGCGGCCGCGCGCUGUCGACAUGGACCUCGAGUGGCGCCAGGGGCGAAUGGCUCGCGUGGUGUUGCAGGAUGAAGACAUCACCACCAAGAUAGAAAAUGACUGGAAGCGGCUCAACACUCUCAUGCACUACCAGGUGUCGGACCGCUGCGUUGUGGCUUUGGUGCCGAAACAGACCUCGUCGUACAACAUCCCCUCCUCGGCCAGCAUAUCGCGCACUUCCAUCAGCAGAUAUGACUCUUCAUUCCGCUACACGGGCAGUCCAGACAGCCUUCGUUCUCGUGCUCCCAUGAUCACCCCUGAUCUAGAAAGUGGCGUGAAGGUGUGGCACCUGGUGAAAAACCACGAACAUGGGGACCAGAAGGAAGGGGACCGUGGUAGCAAAAUGGUCUCUGAGAUUUAUCUGACCAGGCUACUCGCAACGAAGGGUACACUGCAAAAGUUUGUUGACGAUCUAUUCGAGACGUUGUUCAGCACAGUUCACAGGGGGAGCUCUCUCCCCUUGGCCAUCAAAUACAUGUUUGACUUCCUGGACGAGCAGGCGGACAAACAUGCCAUUCACGACACAGACGUGCGUCACACGUGGAAAAGCAACUGCCUUCCACUGCGUUUCUGGGUGAACGUGAUCAAAAACCCGCAGUUUGUGUUCGACAUCCAUAAGAGCAGCAUCACAGACGCCUGUCUGUCUGUAGUCGCUCAGACUUUUAUGGACUCUUGCUCCACGUCAGAGCACCGUCUCGGCAAGGACUCCCCGUCCAAUAAGCUGCUCUACGCUAAAGACAUCCCAAAUUACAAGAGCUGGGUAGAAAGGUACUAUGCUGACAUCAACCGGCUGCCGUCUAUUAGUGACCAGGACAUGAACGCCUAUUUGGCAGAACAGGCCAGACUCCACUCCACAGAGUUCAACAUGCUCAGCGCGCUCAAUGAGAUCUACUCUUAUGUCAGAAAGUACAGUGAGGAGAUCACAGCAGCUCUGGAUCAGGACGAACAGGCAAGGAAGCAGAGGCUGGCCUACAAGGUGGACCAACUCAUUUCUGCAAUGUCCCUCGAGAGCUGAGACUGACCCCUGCUGACAGAGAGAGAGAGAGAGAGAGAGAGAGAAAGGACCACAGUCUGUACUGGACCUCCCGAAAUGGUCCUGCAUCACUUACCUCUCAUUGUGGGGGUUACAGGCCCCCAAACCAGACCUGGGAUAUAUGUGUCCACAGCCAGACAUCCAUACACCUACAAUUCUUUUGUAAAACUCCCUCUUUCCUUUCAUGAAAACAUCAGCUGAGGGUCCACACACAGAGACACAGGCCCUGCAGCUGGAGCAGACAAUAGCAUAAGGAAGGAACAUCAGCAGAGAAGACAGCGACAUGGCUUGUAUUUAUUUUUCUUUUGGUUUCUUUAAAUUGCGUGUGUUUGUGUGAGUGUGUGUGUGCGUGUGCGAGCAUGAGAGUGUUUUUUUUUUGUCGUAUUAAAUGAAGACUCCUGUGAAAGACUUGAGAGAGCAAAUGAGGAAACGGAUUCUUCCUCCAAUUGCUCGGAAACUCACAUCCAAGUGUGAGAUGGAGAUGGCAAGAAAAAAAAGAAAAGCGAGAAGCACAGGAGCAAAUCUCACGUUGGACUACUGAGUUUGCGUUCAGAUCCCUCAGAUUUUAUUUUUGUACUUGUACAUUUGAAUAUCAUCAGUUCCGGUUGAAAUAACUGCCCACUGUGCUGUAGGUGCUGUUGUAUAAAAGACACGAGGGGUUGUUAGGCUACAGCAGAGUGGUGCGGUGGUUAAACGAGCCAUGGUCCAUGUCUUCUCUCACUUCUUGCCUCCUCGGACCAAUGCUUCACAUGACACAGACUGAGAGUCUGCUCUUUUAUCCAAUCAGACGUGUACAGGAACAUCACGACGCCUGUGCUCAUCAUCAAACGAGUCGGACGGACUCCGCUCGUGAUGGUCGCAGUUCAGCCAGCAUGCUUGCACCUGAAACUGAGGGUGACAGAGAUGAAGUCCACCGUGUAUUUAGAAGAAGACCUGAAAUCAGCAUCGCUCUGGUGUCCAAGGCUUUCUUCGGCAGUUAAGUCAUCUGUGUAUGUACUGGUCAAUACUUGCCAAUCAGUGUAUGUGAAUGUACAAAAUGUUGGUUUUUUUUUUAUAUGUAUGUCUAUUUGAGUUUUGCAAACACAAAAGGGGCUCAGUUGAGCUGAGCUCCUUUGAUAUUUUCAGCACUUCGUCAAGUGAACAGUUGCAUUUGUGUGUCCUGACUUCACCUGGCCCAUCCAGCUACUUCCCCAAACACCAUGUUCCCCUGAAUCACUCUCCUACUAGAGGAGAGUGUGUGUCACCUGCGUUGUGGGCGAGAACAAACGGUUUCCAUACACUAACACUCUCAGUGAUAUACCGGCCGUUUGUAUCUCUGUUGGAAACUUGAUCACCUUUAUGUGUCCAUGCAUGCACUCGAACGUCACACAUGUUUAAGGUCCUAUCUUUGAUUUUAUCAAGUGCCAAUGAGUCAGCUGAUGGAAGAUUUUACCUGACUGCCACCCAUGUCUUGUUUACGCAGACAAUAAGAAGCCAAUCUGCGUCGGUCUACUUCGACCUAGUGCCAAAAAAAUCCUGUCAUGUCAGAUUCUUUGCCAA